AUGGACUGGUUCCCACCCCCGGCACCCGCCACCUACCAGCCAUAUGCACAUAUAGCCGACCUCGCACAACUAGGCCAGGGCCUCGGCUGGGGCAUCAAUUAUGCCCUAAUGGCCUACAUAUCACACCGGGACCAAACAUAUGGGAUGUCGGUGCUCCCCUUGUGCUGCAACUUCGCCUGGGAGAUCACAUACGCGGUGGUCUACCCGCCACAUAACCCGAUCGAGCGCUUCAACGUCACACUAUACCUCGUCCUGAAUGUGUUUAUCAUGGCCGGGGCUGUGCGAUUUGCGCCUCGUGAGUGGGCCCAUGCGCCCUUUGUGCAGCGCAACCUCUUUCGUAUCUUCACCAGUGCGACGCUGAUCUUCUUGCUGGCGCAUAUUGCCUUGGCCAAGACGGUAGGCGUAGGCCGCGCCGCGAAUUGGGGUGCCUUUUUCUGCCUGGACUUUUUGGUGGCGGGGGCUUGGUGUCAGUUGCUUGGGAGGGGGAGUUCCCGUGGCGCGAGUUAUGGAAUUUGGGCGUCCCGCUUCAUUGGCUCCUAUGUCUCGGCUAUCUCGGUCGAGUUGCGGCGAAUGCACUGGCCAGAGGCGUUUGGGUGGCUGGAAUGGCCGAUGGUGAGGUGGCAUAUGGUGGUAUGUGUUUUGUUGGAUGUGGGAUAUGUUUUGAUGCUACGGCAUGUGAAGAAGAAAGAGCAGAAGGCGCGGAAGGAAUCGUAG